AUGUCUCCGGGUGGCGGUCUGUUUUCUGUUUCGAAUCAACAGACGUCGGCCGAGGGACGGCCGUUAAAUUUAUGGGCCGAAACAGGCCGGCCGGUUGGCUGAGUAUCCGACGGCAAGGGCGCCAGAAAGUUUUAUGACGGCUCUUAACGUCCGUUUGGCCGUGUGAACGACGCGUUUGAAUUUCGAAUCAAUGACGUUUCGAUUUUGAAAUAGAUGGGUUGAUCGGAGCUGAUAUGGAUAGAUUUAGGAAGAAUUUUGAAGCUUGAAAAGCUAGGUUGGGUCUUUUUAACUGGAAAUAGGGGCUUUAGAGAAAAAUCAUAGAUUUUAUCCUUUCUUAACGUUAAGUAGUACUUGUAGAUUCAAAAAUUUCUUUUUUUUUUUGAAUUUUUAGUGUGGAGGGCUUGUUAUCGACUCAUUAUCUGAACAGUUUUGAUCCCAAUUUCAUCUAUAAGUCAGCCUUAUCUGCCCUGUAGUAACCCUAACAGAAAAAUUAUUCUUUAAAGAAUCCCUAGUCCUAAAAAAGGUCCGUAGACCCUCUAAUACCCAGGUAACCAUUUUUAAGCCGGUAUGGAUGAACCAUCAGAAAACUAUAUAUUUUUUCGAUUUUCAAAAAAACGUCUUUUUAUGGCCCAUUCCAUCAGCCUCAUCUACCCUGUGUUAAAGUACUUAUCGCUCCAGUAAAGUUCUUUCAAGCCCCAUUAUUGAUAAAUUAUCAAGUGAUCAUAUUUUCAUGCCCAUCUCGGUCAGUCUCAUCUACCCUGUAGUACCCUUCAAUCAGCAGAAUAAAUCUUUUAAGAAUCCUUAGUUUUAAAAAAAAGUACUUACUACUCAGAAAAUCCAAUUUUCCUCAGUCAGCCUCAUCUACCCUGUAGUACCGAGCUGUGUGUCGUCAUUUGCUAUCACACGCAACUCGUCUACAAGGUGGUUGAUGUGUGACUAUUUUUCUGGAAAGUGCGAACAGUUCUCGGAUAGACCUCAUUUGUCGCUUGAACUGCUCUGAAGCUCUUUUUUAGAAGUUUUGUAAAGAGCUUAUUCAAAAAUAAGUUCUUGAAUGGGUCGAGAGCCACCGCAGAAUGAAUAUUCAAAAAAAAAAACUCUUGAAAAUGAACCUUCCUCACGUUAGAAACGUGAGUCAUGAAGGGGGAAAUGGACGUCUGACCUGUUUUAUUGCACGAUUUUUGAGCCGUUUGGGUCGUCUGCGGUCUCGAGCGAGCCAUCGUCUCUUUUGUUCCUGAAGGUCGGUUUGAAAAAGGGAGGCUGGUUACAGUAGAUUACUGUAGGGUCCUUUGAGUGGAAGUACUCUCUAUAUUAAAAUUGAGACAGGUCGACGGACCAAACCGGAGGCUUCUGAGCAUUCUAGUGAUCACUUCAGCAGCAUCAGCCCCUUAAGUGAUCCCUAGAAUGUCUCGGAAACGUCCGAGUUACGGUAGCUUACUGUAGGGGUUUUUUUUUUUGAGACCAAGACUAUCAAAAGUGCACUCUAAUGAACCAAGGUGUGUCCCUAGAAUUAAAGAUCACGGAGAAAGCAGAGAGUCUGAUGUCUCUGCUUUCUCCAUGCUCUCUUACUCGAAAUUUCCCCCUUAUACCCGCCUAUUUAUUCAUAUUAGAGCCCAUUUUCAAGUUGCGAGGAAUGGACUAUGACCCCAUAAUCAGUCGAUUGGUCUGUUUUUGAUGAAUUAGAAGUCAUAAAUAAGCUUUUUCUGCAGAUUGGUAGCAUUAUAGAAUUUCUAUUGAGUUUUGAAAAACCUUGGUCGCACGUAGAAUGGCUUUGAAGCGUUUGCGCCCGGCCCAGAACGAUUCAAGCUUCCGAAAAUCGGCUUCUUUUUAAUCCCCAAAUGCUUAGAGCCAUUCCAAAUGCGACCACGUUGCCGAUUACAUCAAUAAAUUAUCAGCUGACUCUUUUUUGAGAUAUAAAGUACCAUUCAUUCAAAGCUACAGUACCCUUUUCCUUACAGAAUGACCAAUUUUCUGAACGACGUUCUCCCCAUGUUGACGUUGGUCUUCAUGUCGGUGACGCUUCUUGUCCAAUGCGGGAAAAAGAAGCCAAAAAAAUCAUCAUCAUCUGCGGUCUCAGCUUCAAAUGAAAAAAAAAACGGAAAACUUUUUUUUAGCCACCUCCGCCGGCUGUCAACAAAGAAAAGUCAAAGAUGACCGAAGUCAGUAAGGCCCCCGAAACGAAGAAGAACCCCACGAAAGAGCCACCGAAAGAAGCUUCCAAAAAAGAGGACGACAAGAAGGAGGAGUCCAAGAAGAAGGACAUUGAGUCGAAGAAGUCGGUCAAGGAAGAGAAGAAGGAGGAGAAGAAGGAGGAGAAGAAGGAGGAGAAAAAAGAGGAAGAGAAAAAGGAGGAGAAAAAGGAGGAGGAGAAGAAGAGUGACAAGAAGGAGGAAGAGAAGAAGGGUGAGAGGAAUUUAGAAAGUUUUGAAAAGUCUAGCUUUAAGGGUGUGGUCUCACGUAGUUUCUGAAAACUCUUAGACAAAAAUUUUAAAAGAUAAUAGAUUUUGACUCUUUUUCUGAAUUUACACAUUUUAGAAGAGGAAAAGAAGGAAGCGGAUGAAGAUGCGAAGAAGAAGGAAGAAAAGAAAGAGGAGGAAAAGAAGGAGGAAGAGAAGAAGGAGGAGGAAAAGAAAGAGGAGGAAAAGAAGGAGGAAGAGAAGAAGGAGGAGGAGAAGAAAGAAGACAAGAAAGAGGAGGAAAAGAAAGAGGAGAAGAAGGAUGAUAAAAAGGAUGAAAAGAUCGAGAGCAAGCGAGGCAGCAAACGUGGAGGCCCUGCCGAGAGCAAGAAAGGCGAUAAAAAGGACCUCGGUCAUGGUGACUUUCUCAAGAAGUGACCAAAAAUGGGUUGAAUUCCAGUGGAAGUGGCGACGACCGACGUAGUUUUUGACGCGAAGGCUCAGACGCAGCGUACGGUCAAGGUGAAGAACACCCUGGACAAGAAGUUGUUCGUCAAGCUCAAGACGUCCAACAAUGUUCUUUAUCAGUGAGUUUGGAAGAAAUAGCCGCCAAAAAUGCAUUGAGAAUUGAUUAAAUGCGCUCUAUGGAUAACUUCAGAAAUAGUUUUGAAAAUGCGAGAGUGUGUUUGAGGUUCCGGAGCAGUUCUAGGGAAGGCGGAUGCUCCUAAAGUUGUCCCUAGAAAUGUUCCGAGAUGUCAGGUUAGCCUUACACAAUAUGGCAAUGAAAAGGAAAAAAUGGCUGAAAUUAGCGUUGCAAUGAGUUUUGUGCGCUCUAAUGAUAAUUUAUAGAUUUUUUUCUAUAGCUCGGACAUUGGUCACGCGAAACGGACGUGCUCUGGACGUUUCUGGGCGAUUCUAGGAAUUCCUUAAGAGUUCUGAGGCUACUAAAGUGGUCACUAGAAAUGCCCCGACACGUCCGAUUCGCGUCCCGUACGCGUUACCAAGGUCUGAGAGGUCAGAACAUUUAUAAAGUUGAUAUGUAAAAAAAUCCUCAGUAAGGUCCUUUUCCUAUACGGUACGUUUGGGCGAUUCAAAAGGGGUCCUGGCACGAAAAAAAAAGGAGAGAGCACAGACAGGCCACGCCCCCUUUUUCUAUACUGAUUUCGCCAAACUUCCAGGGUGAAUCCAGUCUUUGCGACCCUCGAGCCGAAAGGCACCCUGGAAAUUGUCGUGACCCGCAAGCCCGGCCCCGGCAAGCCCGACAAGCUGGAAGUGGUCACUAUGGAGGUUCUCACCUUUCGGAAGUUGAUGAUCAGUUUGAUCGCUUCUUUCAGGGCAAGGGCGACGGCAAGGACCUUGCCAAGGCGUUCAAGGAUCAGCCGCCCGCCGAGAUUGGCUACUUCAACAUCAAGAUGAACGCCAAAUAG